AUGGAGAUCGUGAGGGACAUGUUUGACAGAGACGCAAAUGUAAUUGAUACCCAUUUUUUGAGAUCUGGGUUGUAUGAAUCGUUUGUCGAGGAGUUCAAUGUCGUGGACCCGAAAGAUAUCAACCGCGAAAGCACGCUGGACAAUGACCAGCAGACCGAAAUCACACUGGUUGACAGUCCUGGGCUCCCAUUGCUCGAGGAAUGGCUCGACGUGAGCGAUCAUGGAGAUCGGCAUUCUGAGGAGCUGGACGGUAGCACGCCGCGCCGCACCACUUCCGAGGCCUCCAACAGCAAGUUCUUCGACGAGUACCUUCCAUCGUCAGACGAGUCGUUCACAGGACCGGAAGACAGCAAACUGGUUGACUUUUUGCUGGAGAUUCCUGACGGAUCAGACUCGUCAAGUUCGUCCAGAAGAAUAUCUUUUUUGGAGCACGACGAGUUUAACUUCGAGCCGUUACCCAAGCGCCAGAAAUCCAGCUUUGUCGAGAGUCUGGGACUUGAAACAGAGGUCCAGAUAAACAAAGCCAGGAAAAGCUUUCUGGUGGAGGACUUUGUGAACAUAUUUCGACGUGGAGACCCAGAGUAUACUGCCAUGAUUAAUAUGCAUCUGGUUCCGUACUGUUCUUUGAACAAACUGACUCCCGAGCUAUUUGUCAACCGGCUGCAAUACGGCGAGGACAACAUGUGGGGGUACGAGAUCAAUAAGAAGUCGAACAUCACAAGCAACGAGAUUGUGCGUUUUGGAAACAACGACCAUAUCAAUUUCUAUGAACCAAGGGUGUUCCGGUUUUUGCGGUCGCACCACAACUCCAAGCGUCACAAGAGAGAAGGCCUGUGUUCCUUUUGUAAGCCAACCGAGCAGGAUUCGGAGGACAACUUUGACGGCUUGUUUUUUGAUCUCAAUUCGUCAGGGUAUUUGCACCAUUUGACCAAGCAGCACGGAGUUUUCAGCAACGGGUCGGAGAUGCCCUUGCCAACGAUGAUCGGACUGCACCCAGAACUCAAGAACAACAAGAACUCGUACAAGAUCGACCAUGUUUAUGUUGCAGUUUGUCCGAUAUGCAACGAAAAGGUCAAGGUGCAAGAUUUAAGUGCCGAUAACCAGGCAACAGGUAACAAGUUCCUGGCGUACUUCAGACACAUGCUCACCCACAACGUGAAGAAAAAUAGCGGGAAAGGAAGGUGA